AUGGGAAAUUAAUCAUCUAAUCCUUAAAAGAAGAAUCGAUAAGAUUAAAUCAUUGUUUCAGCUUCAAAAGUAAAAAGAAAAUGCAAUACCUCUAGUGGAAUAAGUUCUGGAUUAGGUAUAUUAAAGCAUGUUGGAAUAAAGGUUGUUACUGAUGAAAAUGAAGAAUAUGUUAUUCAUCAUACAGGUUAUAAUGGAGAUGUUGUUACAUAACCAGCUCAUGUAAUGUAUGGAGAAGGAUAUGAAGAAGAAAGAAUUACUGUUCGCAAUCAGAUAACUAUUAGAGAUGCCGAAUAUGCAGGAGGAAAAGGUGGGAGUUAUUUUGGAAAUGGAACAUGUAUUGGAGUGGCUGACAAAAUUUAAAAAAGAUUAGAAGGUUGA